UUCGUAGAAAAUUUAAAAAACUAUGAUUCAGAGUUCAAGAUAUGGGUUGAGGAACAGAUAAGAAAUCAAUCACCUGAACUAAAUGGGCAGAAAGAUCAUCACAAUACUAUGAGUAAUAGUAUACAUGAUCAGCAUGCUCAAUCUGAUCGACCAACCCAAUCGAAUGAGCUAAAAGACCAUCAUGGUCAACUAGUCCAAUUGGAUAAGCAGCAAGGUCAGGCUGCAGGAAGCGUAAGUAAUGCGCCUGAUUUGUUUGAGCAGUCAGACAAGCCACCUGUUAAGGAAAAGAGAGAGGUAAAACAGCAAGAACCGGUGAUUUUAAAAGACACAAUUUUGAAGAUAGAGAAAAGCUACGAUCAGGAUUCGCAAGGAAAACAUAAGGCAAACGUUGUUAUAGACUAUUAUGAUAUGAAAGCUCUAUAUGAGAAAGCAGAAGGAGCAGAAAAGCAGCCUGUGUUAGAAUUUUGGAAUAAAUUGCAUGUUUCAGAGUAUAAGGUUGGUGUUUUACCAGAGAAAAAAUAUUAUUUUAUGGAGGACAAAUUCUUUAUUCAUGAUGACCAAGGGAAAAAGUGCAUAG